AUGGUCGUCGUCAAUUAUGUCCUCGCUUCCGCGCUCGCUGUAACCACCUUUCACGGAUUCAUCCUGGGUGUCGCGGGACAUGGGUACGUUCAGAACGUGAAUACGAACGGACAGGACUAUACGGGCUGGCUUCCCUUCUCGGAUCCUUAUGCGGAUCCAGUUCCCGCUCGUGUUAUUCGCAAGAUUCCGAGCGAUGGACCAAGUGAGUGCUUUGAAGCUCACCUCGCCUGCAAUACAGGUGGCGAGACAGGUGCUUCGGUAUCGGCCAGUGUCCCGGCAGGAUCCAGCGUCACCUUUGACUGGACAAACUGGCCUGCUGAUCAUCUCGGCCCGGUUUCCAGCUACAUGGCCUCCUGCAAUGGUGACUGCGCAAACUUCAACGUGAAGGGAGCGCAAUGGUUCAAGAUCGACGCAUCGGGAUACGAUCAGAGCACUAGCACAUGGGCAAGCGCGGAGCUUAUUGCCAACAACAACAGCUGGACGUCAACGGUCCCGAAGCAGUUGGCAAGUGGUCACUACUUGAUCCGGCACGAAAUCGUGGCGCUCCACUCCACUGGACAACCGCAAUACUACCCGAGCUGUCUGCAGGUGAAUGUCACCGGCGGGGGAAGCAGCACGCCGUCCGGGGAUGAUCUCGUAUCGAUCCCCGGACUGUACGACAAUGUUGCCUGGCCCGACAUUUGGACUGACUUCGGGAGCUUUACCAUUCCCGGACCUGCAAUUGUCUUCACAGACAGCACCGGGAGUACGCCCUCCGGCGUCGCCUCCGCAUCUGCGUCCGGAUCGCAGACCGCUGCUCCCUCCAAGACCGCAGCGGCUUCCACCACUCCGGAGAAAUCCGCUACUCCAACUCGCGCCGCUACUUCCUCUCCACUUGUAUCGACGGGUCGAUGCAAGGCCAAGAAGUCACGUGCUUCCGCCUUCAAGCGCCAUGCAUCGAUCCGGCGGUCUCAUUGA